UUGCUCUGCUGAUAAAGCAGCCAGCAGCAGGUUUAGGAGUUAUAGGGACAGGUCGGCUGUCCGUCCGUCGCCAAUAACUCAUAAAUUCCUUCCUUACACGUAUAAAUAGUACGAUUGUCGGAUUGUGUGAAAAUUUACACUAUUUACAGUCGUAGUGCGAUUACGACUAACGUCUUCGUGUGCCGCCGCCGCGCCGCUCAUGUGCGUUCAAAGUUUAAAAAUAUUAAAUCAUUUCUGUAUUCAAUAUUGUAAUAUUAAUAAUACUCAUGUCACGGAUCACGACUUUUAUUAAUGAUUUCCAUCGUUUCGAUUAUCUGGUCUAAACUACCGUCUUUGAUUUAUAUUUUAUGGCCACAUCGCCUUGUCUAAUGUCUAUCUUCUAUUAAACACGUCGACAUUAUCCAUUAAUUUUUUGCUGAUCAGUGUACAAGAACAAUUUUUCACUUUUCGUCAACAUGACCAAAAUUAAAAGUGAUUCUGAAGACAUGAAUGUUUCUAAACCAACCAUAUCAGUCGCAUUAACUAUGGUUUCUAUUCCAUUGUCAAUGAUUUUAUGGAUUAGCAAUAUUUUGUUCCGAAAAUUUUAUGGCGAUAAUGUAAAUGAACUAGAUGAAGGACUCUCGCCUCUCCGGUGGUUUAUAUCCACUUUCAUUCCAUUAUUUAUUGCUGUAUGGGGCUAUACCAAACGUAGUUUAAGUCUAAGCGGAGCACUAUUAGGUGUGAUUGUUGGUUUUGUAUUAACAUUGAGCAGCUAUGGAUUUCUGGCUUGUUUGCUAACAUUUUUUGUUACAUCUUCCAGAGCGACAAAAUUUCGAAGCAAAUCUAAAAAACAAUUGGAACCUGACUUUAAAGAAGGUGGUCAAAGAAACUGGAUACAGGUACUGUGUAAUGGAGGCAUGGCUACUCAACUUGCACUCUUGUACAUUUUAGAUGUUGGAUGUGGUGAACUACCUGUUGAUUUUAAUCGUUAUUAUCGGCCUUCUUGGUUAUCCAUUGGUAUUCUUGGUGCUUUUUCCAGUUGCAAUGGUGAUACUUGGGCCUCAGAAUUAGCAACAGUCUUGGAUACAGGCUUACCCAUAUUGAUAACAACUGGUAAACCAGUUCCCAAAGGUACAAACGGAGGUGUGUCGGUCAUUGGAUUGAUUGUCAGUCUAUUAGGUGGCAUGGUUGUUGGAUUAGCAAAUUAUGCAAUGCUUAUUUAUACAAUUGACGCUGACAUGUUGGCCAGAAGUCCUGCUCAAUGGCCAAUAAUUGUAGCUGGGGGUUUUGCAGGACUAAUUGGUAGUGUUGUAGAUUCAGUAUUAGGUGCCACCUUACAAUACAGUGGUUUUAAUCGAAAAACAGGAACAAUAGUAGAACACCCUGGCAAAGACAUUGUGCACAUAUCUGGGAGAAGAAUUUUGGAUAAUCACAGUGUCAAUUUGAUAUCAAGUGUGAUAAUGGGAAUCUUAACCCCAAAAAUUGCGUACUUAGUUUGGCCAUAAACAUAAAUAUGAUCACUUGUGACUUUUAUUUAAUUGUGACUAUUUAUUCCAUUCGAAUAGCUAGAUUUAAACAUUUGUUGGAUUUGUAUAUUGUUUUAUUUUCAUUAGAGUUGAAAUUAGACUGAUUGAAAUAUUUUAUUGUAAAUAUUAAAUUGCAAUUUUUAUAUCAUAUACUUUUUUUAUACAUACAUAAAUAUUUGUUUUAGUAUGUUUUUUUUUUUUUAUCCGUAAAAUGUAUAUUUUUUUUUAUUGUUAAAUUAUUGUAUAAUUAUUUUUAUUUGUUUAAUUUGAAUUAAUGCAAAAUAUCAUGGUUAAAGUUAACACAUACAUAUCAAACCCUCAAAUAAGUUGUUACUUAAUUAUUACUAAAUUUAAAAAUAUAUUUGAAUAAUAUUACUUA